AUGUCUUUAUCUGCCGCUCGACAAAUUGCCAACCGUCAUCCUCUUGCUAUUCAACCUUUAAUCAAAAAUUCAAAUACGAAAAAUAUUCCCAACUUUCCUCCUGAAAUCAUUCGUAUAAUUCUUGGUUUAAUAAAAGAUGACAAGAAAACUAUUAACGCUUGCGCUACUGUAAAUCAUACGUUUAAUCUUCACGCCACACCAAUCUUAUAUCAUACCGUUUCUUUCUCAUUUCCUUACACAUUUACUUUAUUCGCCAAAGCUAUUCUCGGCGAAUCUCAGCGUCCCCGAAUGAUUCGUCAUUUGGAUCUUUCUGGUUUCUCUACCAUGGGCUUACAAAAGAGCGACGCUACAAUUCAGACGGUCAUUACCCCCGAAAUUCUUAUAAGCAUUCUACGAUCUUGCACCAUGUUGGAGACUUUCUCCGUUUCGGAAACGUUGACAUCAACUAUCAAUCUUGAAGUUUUACGGGUUCUCGUUUUCGAAU